AGCUCGCCACAAACCACAAGUAGAAAGCAAAAUAAAACCAGUAUAAAAGAAAAAAAGCAAUGGCAAAUCCUCUCUUCCUCUCUGUUUCCCUAAGCUUGCUCAUUCUCUUCCACGGCUGUCUUGCUCGCCCUGGUCAUGGAAGUUCUCAGCAACAAAACCAGUGCCAACUCAACAACCUUGAAGCCCGUGAACCCGACAACCGCGUUGAGGGCGAAGCCGGUGUGAUCGAGUCCUGGAACCACAAUGAUCAGCAGUUCCAGUGCACAGGCUCCGCGGUUCUUCGAAUUACCGUCGAACAGAAUGGCCUUCAUUUGCCUUCUUACAGCAACACUCCCCAACUCUUCCACGUUGUCCAAGGAAAGGGUGUUCUAGGAGUCAUCUUCCCUGGUUGCCCUGAGACUUUCGAAGAAUCUGAUGAGGAAUCUCAGCAGCAAGUACGUCAAGGACAGCAAGGUAGGCAAGGGCGACAAGGACAGCAAGAGCAAGAACAGCAGCAAGGACGGCAGGGACAGCAAGGACGCCAAGGACAGCAAGGGCAACAAGGGCAACAGGGACAGCAGGGACGCCAGAGACAGAGCUCCCAGCAACAACAGGACCGCCACCAGAAGCUCCGUCGCAUUAGAGAGGGAGACAUCGUCGCAAUUCCAGCUGGAGUAGUCUACUGGACCUACAACGACGGUGAUCAAGAUCUUGUUGCGGUUAACUUCCAUCACGUCGGCAACGUAGACAACCAGCUUGAUCAGCAACCUAGAAGGUUCUAUGUCGCAGGUAACCCAGAAGACGAAUUCAAUCCAAACCAAAGAUCGAACCGAAGACAGCAAGGAAAGCAGCAGGGACAGCAAGGAAGGCAGGGAAGGAGUCAGCAAGGAAAUGGCAACAACGUCUACAGCGGUUUAGACCAACAGCUUCUUGCCGAUGCUUUGAAUGUUAACCAAGACGUGAUUCAGAAACUUCAAGGGGAAUCUGACGACAGGGGUAACAUCGUGAAAGUACAGGGUCAACUGGAUUUGGUAGUCCCACCCACGUCGCAAAGCGAGCGCCAGCGAGAGCAGCAACUGCAACAGGACCUUCAGCAGGAGAGGCAACAACAUGGCCGUAGAAAUGGAAUCGAAGAGACUGUCUGCAGUUUGAGACUCAAAGAGAACAUUGCAGACCCAUCACGCGCUGAUGUCUACUCGCCACAAGCCGGUCGCCUCAGCAGUGUCAACGCCUACAACCUCCCCAUCCUCGACAACCUCGGCCUCAGCGCUGAGAGGGGGUUCCUCUACCGCAAUGGCAUCUACACUCCACACUGGAACAACAACGCGCACGCUGUGGUGUACGCCAUAAGGGGCCGAGCCAGAGUUCAGGUGGUGGAUGACAAUGGCAACAAUGUGUUCGACGAUGAGGUGAGUGAGGGACAAGUGCUGCCGGUGCCCCAGAAUUUCGUGGUGGCAUCACAGGCAAGCAAUGAGGGAUUCGAAUGGGUGGCAUUCAAGACUCAUGAGAAGGCCAAGAUUACUCCCCUGGCUGGAAGGCUGUCGGUGCUCCGAGCACUCCCAGACGAAGUCCUUGAGAACGCAUUCCAGUUGUCACAGGAUGAGGUCCAGAAUGUGAAGUACAACAGGCGACAGGUCACCCUCUUCGACUCCAGCUCUUCUUCUUCUUCUUCUCCAUUCCCGUGGAAGAUUAUUGCUUAAAGGCGCUAGCUUGAAACUCAUAAAUAAUGGAGCCGAGCCGAAAAUAUAGAACGGCACGUAGUUUUUUUUUUUUUUUGUUGCUGUUACUAGUAGAGUAAUAAUGAAUAAUAACGGCCUUUUUUUUUUU